AUUGUUAAAGUUGAAGUGUAGGAAAGGUACUACAAAGAAUGUCCAAACUACCGGUUUGGUUGCUUAAAUGCAGUGAAUGAUAAAUUUGUUUUGUUCUGUGGGAAAAGUGAAUAUUGGUUGCGUGCUUAAAUGCAGUGCUAAAAUACCGCAAACAAACGAUAGCUUAAAUGCCGUUGAGUGACAAAUGAAAAAAAUAAUUUUCAUCGUAAUGACGCCGGAUUUUGUCAUCAGUUGCUUCAAUGCAGAAGUACCCGGAAAGCGUGAAAAGAAUGGGCUCCAAGUGUGUAUGUGCAAGCGCGAGACGUUGGAGUUUGCUUCAAGGUAGAAUUUUACGAAACGUAACGGUGAAACGGGGUUUUGUUCCUUCAAUGUGUGUGCGUGUGCGAACGUGAUGGGACGUUGGAAUUUGCUUCAAUGCAGAAUUUUGCAACACAUAACGACAAAACGUGGUUUUGUCCUCCCAAUGUGUGUGCGUGUGCGAGCAUGAUGAAACGAUAGGAGUUGCUUCAAUGCAGAAUUUGUAGAAACGAAAAACGUGAAAGAAUAAACGCGGUAUUGUCCUUUCACAUAAAGACACACACACACGCCCCCAUACAAUAGGCAGGGAUGAAUAAUCUCUUCAAUUCCAUGUUCAUGGUUGUAUUGAGAAAAUUUGCACUGGUUAACACCGGUGUGAGUGGGUGUGUAAACGUGUGCACAUACAUCUUGCGAAUGCCGGGCCUUGCGGCUCAACCGUUCAGUUACGAAGGGUAUUCCGAAAAUAUAGGUGUGGAAUGGAAAAAGUGGCUCAGAUCGUUCGAAAUUAUGCUACGGGCUUGUCGAAUCGACGAUGACGAUUGGAAAAAAGACCUUUUACUACAUUUUGUUGGCUCAAACGUACAGCAAAUAUUUGAUUCACUACCAGAAUUACCGAACACCGACAGUUGCGGGCCACUUGCAAAUGUAGAAAGAUAUACCCCGAAUAGGACUGCUUAUCAAGAAGCAAUUGCCAGACUGGAUAAUUUUUUUCUUCCAAAACAAAACCCAACCUACGAACGACAUCUGUUGCGUCAAGUAAAACAGAAAUCCAGAGAGAGUUUCGAUUCUUUUAUCAUGAGAUUGCGUGUACAAGCAGACCGUUGUGGUUUUGGAGACAAGAUGGAAGAAUACGUGAAAGAUCAGGUCAUUGAAAAUUGCCAAUCCGCUUCAUUACGCCGAGAAUUACUUAAGCAAGGUGAUGCUAGCCUUGACAAGAUAGUGAGCGUAGCCAAAAUUUUUGAAACUGUUGCGUAUCAAGAAAAAUUAUUCGCUGAUAACAAAGAACAAGUUGAACUGGUGCAUAAAAUCGAAGAACCUCAGUAUGGCAAGAAAAGAAAAUUUCUUGAAUCAAGUCAACGGGAGUGUCAUCGAUGUGGAUACUCAGGACACCUUGCAAAAGAAAACAAAUGUCCAGCAAAAGGAAAAUUGUGUAACAAAUGUGGUGGCAGAGACCAUUUUGCAAAGAAAUGCCGUACCAAGCAGUCAGACUAUACAAGAAAAACAUAUUCAAAGCAGGACCGCAACUACAUCGCAAGUAAUAACAAAGGAGACCAAAAACCAAGCAUUGUAAACCACAUCGCCAAUGAAAACACAGAAUAUGUUUUUCAUCUAACUAAUUCAGGCAAAAACAGCGAAGUAAAAUGUAAUGUUGGUGGUGUUCCGUUAACCGCAGUAAUAGAUUCGGGAUGCAAGUACAAUUUAAUCAGCAAGGUAACAUGGGAGGAGAUGAAAUCGCAACAUGUUCACGUGACAAAUCAACGACGCGAAACUGCGCUUGAUCUUAAAGCAUAUGGGGGACAAUCUUUGUCACUGAUCGGCAUGUUUACAGCUACGAUCUCACUGGGCAUGGCUAAAACAGUUGCCGAUUUUUACGUCGUAGAAGGAGACGGAAAAACUCUUAUCGGCCGUGAUACUGCCACCUUCAUGGGCGUUUUGAAAAUAAGCAUACCAGUAAAUGCAGUUGAAAACACAAAAGGGAAAUUGGGAACCAUUAAUAAUAUCGUUCUGGAUUUGCCUAUCAAACCCAAUGCAAUACCAGUAGCCCAACCAUAUCGCCGUAUACCAAUAGCAUUAGAAAAGCUGGUGGACAAAAAGCUGGACGAGCUACUACAUCAAGGAGUUAUUGAACAAGUAAACGAGCCAGCGAAGUGGAUAUCUUCAGUAGUGGUAGUCCCAAAAGGAGAUAAUGACGUUCGCAUUUGUGUAGACAUGCGGCGAGCUAACGAAGCGGUGGAAAGAGAGAACCAUCCUUUACCAACCUUCGAAGAUUUUCUUCCACAAUUAGCGAAAGCAAAUGUUUUCUCCGGUUAGAUGUAAAGAAUGCUUUUCACCAGGUAUGAAGAAAAUGAACAUCGAUGCAGCAUAAGAAAAGUUUUGGAGUUUUUUUUGACAUUUGAGAAUUCUUUUGUAACACUUGAACUUAGGUUAAAAUAAAAUUUUAAAAAAAGUUCUCUGCAGCUAAACUAACUGUGUACUUGUUUCAAUUUUAGGUAGAGAUAUCGGAACAAUCUCGAAGCAUAACAACAUUCAUCACACGAAGAGGCUUAUUCCGCUAUACACGACUUAUGUUUGGUAUAAAUUGUGCUCCGGAAUUAUUUCAGAAGAUAAUGGAACAAAUUUUAACCGGCUGCGAUGGCUGUUUGAAUUUUAUCGACGAUAUAAUUGUGUUUGGAUCUGACCAGGAACAGCAUGAUACAAGGCUGAAAAAGGUUCUCCAACGCUUAGUAGAGUGGAAUGUAAUUUUGAAUACAGAAAAGUGCUCAUACGGAGUUCGGCAAACGAAGUUUUUGGGACACAUUGUGUCAGCAAAUGGAAUUAAACCAGAUAACGAUAAAGUAGAAUCAAUUAGAAAAUUUAGAGAACCUAAGUCUGGAGAAGAGGUUCGUAGCUUCUUGGGACUAGUUAAUUACUUAGGGAGAUUUAUACCGGAUUUGGCAACAAUAACGUUUUCAUUACGACAAUUAACAGGCCAGAACCAAAAUUUCUGCUGGAAAUCUGAGCAUCAAAAGGCAUUUAACAAAUUAAAAUCAAUUAUGAUGUGUCCCACAACGUUAGGGUAUUUUGAUGUUGCAGAUAGAACGCAGCUAGUGGCUGAUGCAAGUCCGGUUGGCCUCGGUGCGGUCUUAAUUCAAAUAGAUGCUCAGGGUACCCCACGUAUCAUAGCCUAUGCUAGUAAAAGCUUAUUUAACGUAGAGAGGCGCUACGCCCAGAUAGAAAAAGAAGCUUUAGCCCUCGUUUGGGCUGUAGAACGAUUUCAUUUCUACUUAGGGUAAAUGUACCAAUAGUGGUGCAAUUUGUAGAGGUACCGAUGUGUUUUAAUGGAUUUAAAGUGUCAGGAAAGACAAUUUCUGAAUAUUUUAACACAUAGCAAUUGGAAUAUGUUUUAUCUUCGCAAUCGCAACCAUUUUUACCAUGAAACACAUCACAUUUACGAAAAAAUACAUAUUUUUGUGAUUGCUUCGUUGUACCUAUAAUGGUGGUAUGGUUCCUAUAGUCGUCGUAUUGUGUUCCUAUAGUGGUGGUAAACAAAGAUGCCUCAAAACAGUGUAUAAUAUCAAUAUAACUUAGUUUUGAAGAUGUUUUUGUAUGAAUAGCAAGGAUUGCUGCCAUAAUAUUGGUUUCUUCCGUAAUUUGAUCGUAAAAAAAUGUAUAAAUUUGAUCGAUGAAGCUAUUGACAAAAGUACUGCAUCAAACCUGUCGUCAACCUACACCCGGAAGAGUAUGCUUGAUUUGAAGUCAAUUUUUCAUUCUGCCAGAUAAGCGAAUUUUGGCCUGUUUUUGGUAAAUUACCUACAUAAAACUCAUUUCUGUUGCUUAUUUUAGUGAAAACAGUACGACAUGUCAAAAAUUUCCCCGAAAAAAUCUAAAACGACCUUUUUUUAUUGAUUUUAUAACUAUAACCACUAUAGGAACAUGCCUGUUUUGUGUACCUAUAAUGGCACUAUGGUAAAAAACACUCAAAAAUGCAUAAAUAUGGUCAAAAGGCAAAUAAUUUUAGUAAAACAAUAACAUUUCAUAACAGUUAUGUUGAAAAACUAGUAAUUGCGUGGUUAUGUGGUCAUUUAGAACGUUAACAGAAAAAUGAGAUUCGUUAUGAAAUCCUAAGGAUUUUGGAAAAAUGUUGACCCAUUUCACAAAAUAAUGGAUUUUUCGGUCACUAAGUAACGGAAUGGCCCCAUUUAACUUUUAAACCCUUUGUAAAAGGCUAAAGAACAUUUCACACUAACUUAAAUAACUUAAAUACUUUUAGUUUGCCCUAUGAACCGCAUUUUAGAGCAAUAGCACCACUAUUGGUACUACCACCACUAUAGGUACAUUUACCCUAUACGGACGUAACUUUGAACUAAUAACAGACCACAAGCCCUUAGAAACGAUUUUCGGAACAAGAUCAAAACCAUGCGCUAGGAUUGAGAGGUGGGUGGUGCGUUUACAGUCGUACAAAGUAUCUGUUGUUUACAAACCAGGCAAAACUAACAUCGCAGACCCACUUUCACGGUUAGCCAUUACGGAAACUGUAGAAGGAAAAACAUUCGACGAAUGUGUGGAGCAGUACGUUUCUUGGGUAGCUUUUAAUGCAUCACCAGCCGCUCUUUCAUUAGGAGAAAUAGAAAAAGUUUCAGAAACUGAUAAGACCAUUCACGCAGUCCGUCAAGGAUUAGAAAAAGAUAUUUGGUCUGAAGAUGCUUCACCAUUUAAAGUAUUUUCGUCAGAAUUGUGUUUUGCAAACCAGAUUUUGCUGCGCGGUACAAGAAUUGUCAUACCCAAUUCAUUAAGAGAGCAAACUUUGCAUUUAGCACAUGAAGGUCACCCCGGUAUGACCAUCAUGAAACAGCGACUACGGGCUAAAGUGUGGUGGCCAAAAUUAGACCAACAGGUAGAAAACUACGUAAAAACUUGCAAAGGAUGUAUGAUGGUAUCUGCACCACCGGCACCCGAACCGAUGAAAAGAAGUGAAUUACCAUCUGCACCAUGGCAACAUGUAGCUAUCGACUUCCUCGGACCACUUCCUUCUGGGCACUCACUGCUAGUUGUCGUUGAUUAUUUUAGUCGAUAUAUAGAAGUAGAGAUAAUGAAAAAAAUUGACUCGGGAGAAACUAUAAGACGGUUAACACCAAUUAUUGCCCGUUUUGGAUUACCAUUAACUAUCACCGCAGACAACGGUCCACAGUUUUCCAGUGACGAAUUUAAAGAAUUUUGUAUUAAAAAUAAUAUUAAACUUGUCAGCACAACCCCCUAUUGGCCCCAGCAGAAUGGAGAAGUCGAAAGACAGAAUCGCUCUUUAUUAAAAAGAUUAACUAUUAGCCAAGCAAUGAAUACCGAUUGGGUCGAAGAGUUAAACAAGUAUAUUUUGAUGUAUCGAUCCUCCCCACAUUCAAUCACUAAAAGAACUCCAUCAGAAAUGCUUUUGUCAUACAAUAUUCGAGAUAGACUUCCAUCAAUUUACGAACCAAAAAUUGUAGAUGAAGAAACAGCGGACCGAGACAGAGAAUCAAAAGAAAAA